AUGAGGUUUCUUCACUUGAUCCGUCCAGUGAUGUGCGUUCUCCCAGAGGUCGCCAGUCCAGAUCGCAAGAUUCCAUUCCGGGAAAAGGUUCUUUGGACUGCCAUCACUCUGUUUAUUUUCCUUGUCUGCUGUCAAAUCCCUAUCUAUGGAGUUCAAUCCGCCAAGUCGUCAGAUCCUUUCUACUGGAUGAGAGUAAUCCUUGCUUCCAACCGUGGAACUCUCAUGGAACUUGGUAUCAGUCCCAUUGUUACUUCUGGUUUGGUCAUGCAACUUCUUGCCGGUUCCCGUAUUAUUGAGGUCGACUACAACGUCAAGGAAGAUCGUGCUCUCUUUUCUGGUGCUCAAAAGUUGUUUGGUAUCCUUAUCACAACUGGUGAAGCCAUUGCUUACGUUGUUUCGGGAAUGUACGGUGACAUUGGUUCUAUUGGGGCCGGUAACGCUAUUCUUAUCAUUGCCCAACUUUUCUGCGCCGGUUUGAUUGUCUUGACUCUUGAUGAACUCUUGCAAAAGGGAUACGGACUUGGUUCGGGUAUUUCUCUUUUCAUUGCCACCAACAUUUGCGAGACCAUUGUCUGGAAGGCCUUUUCUCCCACUACCCUCAACACUGGUCGUGGAACGGAAUUCGAAGGUGCCAUCAUUGCUCUAUUCCACUUGCUCAUCACCAGAAAGAACAAGGUCACCGCACUACGAGAGGCCCUUACUCGUCAGAACCUUCCCAACGUUACCAACUUGAUGGCAACUGUAGUUGUCUUUGUGGUUGUCAUUUACUUCCAAGGAUGGAGAGUUGACCUUCCUGUCAAGUACCAAAAGUACCGUGGACAACAAGGAAACUACCCCAUCAAGCUCUUCUACACUUCCAACAUGCCCAUCAUUUUGCAAACUGCCUUGGUUUCCAACUUGUACUUUAUCUCCCAACUCUUGUACAACCGUGCACCCACCAACAUUUUGGUUCGUUUGCUCGGAAAGUGGCAAGAUGCUGAUGGAGCUCCCGGACAAAAGAUCCCAGUUGGAGGAAUUGCCUACUACAUUUCCCCUCCUACCUCCUUUGCCGAGAUUCUUUACGAUCCAUUCCACGCCGUCUUUUACUUGGUGUUCAUCUUGACUGCCUGUGCCUUGUUCUCCAAGACUUGGAUUGAGGUUUCGGGAGCUUCUGCUCGUGAUGUUGCCAAGCAACUGAGAGACAACCAAAUGGUCAUGAAGGGACACCGUGAUUCCGCUUUGAUCCAUGUCUUGAACCGAUACAUUCCUACUGCUGCUGCCUUUGGAGGUAUGUGCAUUGGUGCCCUUUCCGUCUGUGCUGAUUUCAUGGGAGCCAUUGGUACUGGUACCGGUAUUCUGCUUUCAGUGACCAUUAUCUUCCAGUUCUACGAGGCCUUUGUUAAGGAACAACGAGAAGGAAUGGGAGCCUUUGGCUUUUAA